UUCCAACACUGGCCGUAAUAUGUGGGAGGCAAUUUCAUUGAAUUUCAUUAAUAACACCACAAAAUAAGAGCAAAAAGAUGGAUAAACCCAAUGGUAUACACUAUAUUGAGCUUGCCAACAAUUUCAUACGCUUCGAUGCCGCCAGCCAGUUAACAAAGGUCUUCUUCGACGACACCAACAAGCAGAUAUUUGCAGUGCGCUCGGGCGGUGCCACGGGCGUAGUGGUCAAGGGGCCCGCCGAAGACGCUGUGAUCACGUUCUGCAUGAGUGACCGUGGCGGCGACAUACAUUCGAUUAAAUUCUCGCCAGACAAUCAAAUUCUGGCCGUGCAGCGUGUCGAGAAUGCUGUGGAGUUUGUGUGCUUUCAAGGCGAUCAGCCGCAGCUGCAAGACAUCAUUACGCAUCAGGUGAAGACGCUGAUCUAUGGCUUUGUUUGGGUGCACAAUCGCGAACUGGCGCUCAUAUCCAACACGGGCGUGGAGGUCUUUCAAAUACUGCCCGAGAAGCGACAGGUGCGUUCCGUGAAGGCGCUGAGCAUCAGUAUUAAAUGGUUUGCGUGGUCCGGGGACGCCAAUGUGGCGUUGCUGUGCACCACAGAGGGCAACACACUGGUGCCGGUGCUCGUCAAACAGAAGGUCAUCACCAAGCUGCCCAAAGUGAACCUGGGCAAUCCGGCGCGUGAGGUGGAGGAGAGCAAAGUGACGCUGGGCCGAGUGUAUGGCGUGCUGGCCGUGUUCAUACUGCAAUCGAACAGCACCACUGGCAUGAUGGAGGUUGAAGUGCAUCUGCUGAACGGUCCUGGUCUGGCGCCCCAAAAAUGCCAUGUGCUGCGCCUCAGUUUAGUUGGACGCUUUGCCAUCAACACAGUGGACAAUCUGAUUGUUGUGCAUCAUCAGGCGACGGCCACAUCGCUGCUCUUUGACAUUGCGCUCACCGGCGAGCUGAUCGACGACGUCACCUAUCAUGCGCCCAUUACGCCGGGUCGCUCCAUCAAACCAUUUGGACUCAAACUGCCUUCGCUCCUGCCCGAUGGUCACAUUAUGCAGUGCGAGCUGUAUUCCACGAAUUGGGUGCUGUUCCAGCCAAAUAUUGUGAUCGAUGCCAAACUGGGAUGUAUGUGGUAUCUAAAUUUGUGCAUUGAGCCACUCUGCAAUCUUAUCUCGGACCGCCUACGGCUCACCGAGUUUCUCCUUCAGCGCAGCAGUGGCAAACAGAUGCAGCUAAAGGUCGUUCAACAGCUGAUGGACGAACAGUAUAAGGGCACGUUGCUGCCGGUGCUAGAGACGAUCUUUGAUAAGAUCAAUAAGAUUUAUGCGUAUGCUAAUCACUCCCCAAGCAGUCUCGAUACUCAUUUCCCUUAUGUCUCUCUCAUCAGCUCGUGGGUGCAUCUAACGCUACAAAAUCAAACGGCGCUGCCUUCCAAUGUAAAGAGCCCAACUAAUAAGCAAGCUACUCCGCCCAUUGUACUCAUCGAACAGUCAGAUAUGGUGCAAGUCUUUCAGUCCAUUGCCGAGCGACCGCAUAUGGAAACGGUGCUAAUGCUCUAUCUACAAUCACUGAACAAGUACAACAUCGCCGCCCAGGAGGAGCUCAGCAAGAUGAUCAUCAGUGAGCUAAUACGCAAUCGCAGCUUUGAUACACUGCGCCGCCUGGUCAGCUAUUCGAUGCUGCUUGAGUCGAAACCCAUUGCUUGCUUCCUUCUGUCGCACUCCGAUGUCAACUCGGCCAUAUCACAGGUCGCCAUCGAUAUGCUGGGCAAGAUGCAGGCUUAUGAGAUUAUUAUUGAGGUGAUGCUCGGCCAGGGCAGGGUCAUCGAUGCGCUGCGUCUGGCCAAAAACUCGUUGGGCACGGACAAGGUGCAGGCGCGCAAGUUCCUUGAGGCGGCUUACAAGUCCCAGGAUGAUUUGAUAUUUCACAGCGUCUACAGAUUCUUCCAGAUGCGCAAUUUGCGCAUGUACGAAACUCUCAACUUUCCUAAAGCCGAACAAUGCACGGAAUUUAUACAGCAUUAUAAUAAUACGUUUCCAGCGGAUAACGCCGUAAAGUUGCCGAAAAGCUGAGCCUUGGUUUUAAUCUUCUUUUUAUUUCAGUUUAUUUUGUGAUUUAGCUAAUAAUUGGGGUAUUCACACUUGAGUCUAUAAAUAGCUUAAAACUAUAUUUUAUAUUAGAAUAAACAAAACGAAACGAAAUAUAACAAUCAAAUAACGCUAA